UCGACGUGCGACGUCGUGUCAAAUGAAACGCGACCCCGAGGAAAAGGUGCACGUACACAGAACAUAUACACAGAUUACACACGCACGCACGCACGCACGCACGCACACACACACACACGCGCGCGCGCGCGCGCACACACACUCUUUUAAUUUACGUCCGUCUCUUUCCCGCUCGCUGCAGCACAGAAAAGAGUCUUGCGGGAGGGGUGUUUCCGUCUCACUCUUUCUUUCUUUCUCUCUCUCUCUCUCUCUCUCUCUUUCUUUUUCUCCCUCUUCCUCACCACCUCCCCGUCUUGCUUUGCUUGCUUGCUUGCUUGCUUGCUUGCUUGCUUGCUCGCUUGCUUGCUCGCUCGCGUGCCGACAAGGUCUUCUCCGUCCCGCUUUCGUCGCGUCACGUCACGAACCCGUCGCGUCACAAUUGGAGCGAGGUGCCUGCUGCUGCGCGAUACUGGAGCGACACGGUGCAACGCAUCACGACGUCGUCAUCGUCGUCGUAAUCGUCAGCGGUUGGUUCAGACUCGUACCAAUGGAUGGCUCAGGCACGGUUACAUGGGAGGAAUUCCUUGAGAAUGCAGAAAGGUUUCUUGUUGUUUCAGACAAGAUAUCGGACGGAUGGGAGCUUCACGGGAACAAGGAUAUUCCUGGACAAGCUUAUCUGAUUAGAAGAGCCAAGUGCUUCAUUCCAAGCAAUGCAAUCGCAAGAAAGGACUGCUCGACCGACGACGAUAACGAUACCCAGGAGUUCCAUGUGAGAUUUCGGCAAGAUCCGCACGAGGCUGUUUCCACAAGUGAAAUGCCUUUUAUUAUCGAGCAUCACAUUUUAUGGUCUAUUAGCUAUAGCGUCCCAGUUCUCUUCUUCAAUGGCUGGAAAUCAGAUUUCCUCGGGAUUAACCCAGUGAGCGUAAAUGAGGCUCAAACGAUCCAUGGUUACAAAUUAAAUUACAUGGAAUUAUCGCAAGCAAUUCACCCUAUCGUCGGCACGCCAUUCCUGCAAUUACAUCCGUGUCUGUCCCAAGGGUUAUUGCAGACCAUGUCAAAGAGCAGGAAUAAACUCGUCAGCUGGCUGAGCUGUAUAGCAUCCGCGGCCCUAAAUCUCAAAAUACAUCCGGAAUAUUUCAAAUUGACUCAUUGAA